CAUCUUGCCAGUAAACGGGCUGUUCACCCGUGCGGGCAGACUGGCUGUAGCUCCUGCUCAUCAGAAACUGUUGUGUCACGACACAGUCCUUGAAGGUGCCGUCUCCUUCUGUCCUUGCAUCAAUGAUAUGUAUCUUUCUCUAGAAAAAUCUGAAAAAAUGUCGGAAAAUCUCAUACCCAGCAAGACCCCUGUGAAAGGGCCAAAAACCUCAGCAAAGAAACAGAAAGGUGAAAACAGAGCUAAGGGAUCCUCGAAGGGACAACGAACACAGCUUGGUAAGAAAGAUGAAACUGAUCUUUCUAUGGCUGAUAUAGGCCACCCAGAAAUUUUUCCUUUAGUUUUCACUAGCAAGACUCAAGAAAUUUUUAAUUGCCGAAUUGAUGAAGAUGUCACAGAAGAAAAUUGUUUCAAAGUUAUUAAAAAAGAGGACAUCAUUCAGGAUUUGAAAACAAGAUCUACAAUUUCUGAUUUCCACCCUGUCAAAAAAGUUGUCCUGGAAUAUCCAGGGGAAGAACUUUUGGUGGUCUUUGAUGCAAAGUUGCAGUACGGACAGAACUUUUACCUUGUUGCUUCUGAGGAAGCCAAGGAAAACCUUCUGAAGCCUUCAGAAAGUGCAGGAAAAAAAGAAGAAGAAAAAGAAGAAGAAAAUGGAGAGGGAAUUCUGGAAUUCUGUCCUUAUAAGCCUCCUGUCCGCAAACCGUGGGUUUCUCUCGGCAGUGAAAAGGAAAUUGAAGAAGAAACUGUUAAAGACACUGUUACAAAGAUUAAGUAUAUGAUUUCUCGAGUACGCAGGAAGUUUGGUGCACCAAUUACAUUUACUGAUAAGAAUGCCUCACAUGUAACAGACAGUUAUGUUGAAUGCACAUCCUAUCAAGACAAAACUUUCAGUAUUAAAAUGCUUGAAAAAGAUGUGGGCAUACAGAUGGUUCCAAAAGUAAGAGAAGCUAGUACUCAGACAAAAUGGACCUAUCCAAAAAAUGCAGCCACACAGUAUAUUCCUAGGCAGUUGUCAAAUGAAGAGAAAGAAGAGAGUCUGCUAUCUGAGAAGCUGAAAGAAUUUCUUACAUCAGUACAUUUAAGAAUGGAAAUUGCAUUGCAGCAAAAUGAAAUUAUGAACGCUUUUUUUGAUGACUGGAAAGCCCUAGCAGAAGAUGAAAGCAGUUGUGGUGGCAAGCCAGAUGUUUAUCUUAAAGCACACCAAUCAUUUACAGAUCUCCAUGGUCUCAAGGACAGAACUAUUAGCUGUGUUUGCUGGCAUCCAACCAUUUAUGGGAUUGUAGCAGUGUCAGCAAGAAAGCUUUCUUACGAAGAGCAAGUUAACCUUUCUGAGACGUCAUUGCAGCAGCAAUCUGUAAUACUUCUUUGGAGUUUUUUUGACCCUAUCCACCCUCAGUUAAUGUUAGAGUGUCCUGAAGACAUUGACUGCUUUCAGUUCAGUCCAAGUGAUCCAAAUAUCAUCGCUGGUGGCUGCAUCAAUGGACAGGUUGUACUGUGGGAUAUUUCUCAACAUGAAAAAAACCUGCAAAAUACAAACGCUGUUUCUGAUGGAAUUAAAAUGACAGCUGUUGAUAUGGUGAAUUCUUCCAUUCUAAAUAUAUUGCCUUACAACUGUCUGGGAGGUGUAGAUAAUAUUUACAUUGAGGGACUAGAAAGGAUAAGAAACCUGCCAUCACCUGUGCAAGUCCAGCAGACAAACACAGAGCCACCUCUAGUGAGAUACUGCGCAGUCUCAUCCAUGCAGCAUAGUCAUAAAAAGCCAGUAACAGAUAUACAUUGGCUGCCAGAAUAUUUUGAGGACAACGGAAUGGGUUCUACUUUUGAAAACAGAGCUGAAAUUUGCGUGCAGCUUGUAACCUGCUCCCCUGAUUGCUCAAUAUUAUUUUGGGAUAUUCCAGCCACCAAACUUGCUGAACAAUCCUCAUCUGAGAAAGUGAAAGAGGAGAAAAAACUUUAUAUGCCCCCUGAUGUUCUAGAUACUUUAAAGCAUCUAGAUCUCUGCUGGAAACCUCUCAUAAAGAUAAACCUGUAUGAAAGCAAUACCAACAUGGAGUAUGGUCCUGUCAGAAUUAGUUUAAGGGAACUGCGUUAUCAUUACAAAACCUCAGAGAAGGUGCAAUCUCUGAACACACUAGAUGUACUCGUCAAAGACAGCCCAUGUAGAGAGAUGAGUACUCCCUCAAGCAAAAAUCUGAAAGUGCUAAUGAAUAUCUCCACCAACUUUUUUGUUGGAAAUGAAGAUGGAGAAAUUGUUUAUUCCGACUGGAAAAUAGAAAUUGAUAGUGACUCAGCAAAACCAGUUAGACAGAAUCACGUUCAGAGAUACACCAUCCACACCAAAGCUGUCAACACUCUCCAGAGAUCUCCGGUUUUCAAAGACAUCAUUCUAAGUGCUGGGGGCCGGAAUUUUGCCAUUUGGAAAGAAGGGGUUACAAAUGGGCCGAUCCUUCAGUCAAGAUGCUCUGCAGGAAGAUAUACCACGGGACAGUGGUCCUUAACGAGACCAGGAGUUUUCUUCAUUGGCAGAGAUGAUGGGAGUAUGGAGGUCUGGGACUUACUGAAGAAAACUCAUGAGCCAUCUCAUUUGCAGAACAUCUCCGAAUCAAGGAUCACUUCCAUCAGCCCCUGGACCACCUCAACAAAGCAGCAUUUUUUAGCUGUUUCUGAUGGUUUUGGAGUACUGCAUGUUUUGGAAAUCUGUCAGAUAUUAAGUCAUCCUUCAAGGAAUGAGCAUACCAACAUACUUGAGUAUUUUGAAAGAGAAAUCAAAUAUCUGAAGUAUUGUGAACAAGAAUUUCAAGAGUAUCAAGAGUUUCAAGCCAAAACAGAACUGAGAUAG